AGAUGAAAAAGGAAAGGUCGUUGAUAUUCUACGUUGAAGUUGUCCUUGUAGGAGCUAGUAAGGUCUUUCUAAAAUUUAGCACCAAAUAGUAAAUAUUAACAGUGGAGUUGUAGUUCCGUUUGUUGUUGUACAGCUUUAUUGUGGUUAUUGGAAAGAAACAGUUAUGGAGUUGUGUCGGACGACCAGUGGAUAGAUGUUGUUUGCCAGCCCCCUCGUCAACCCCUGUAAACCGGUACCGGCCCGUCUGAAUCGCCUGCGGAUGAUAAUGGCCAAAUACGCAGUUGUCGUGGGUAGGAAAGUCGGCGUGUUUGAUUCCUGGGCCGAAUGCCAGGAACAGGUUCUGGGCUAUCCCAAGGCGGUGUACAAAAAGUUCAACACUCAAAACGAGGCAGAAUCGUUUCUGAGGAGUCAUUCAACCACUGUCGGCUCGGAAGCGGACUCUGUAAGGCGACUACAAUUUGUUGAUGGUGUGGUACUCGACAAGCAUCAAUCCAACAAAGUGGAGAGCAAUCCUAGUAGUUCCGUACUGGAUGGUGUUUACAAAAGGAUCUCCUCAUUGGAAGAAAAGUUUAAUAAGUAUGUUAUGGAGACCACUUCCAAAUUGGAGGCUAUUAAUUCGAGGUUGAUAUGUAUAGAAAGGAAAAGAAGUGAUUGUCCUGUCGAGGACGCAGAAGAAAAAAUGGCUGUAAAAAAAAUCAAAUUGGAAAAAUCCCCAGAUCAAAACGAUUUUGUAAUGGACGAAAAAGGUUUUGUUGUUGUAUUUACUGAUGGCGCAUGUUCUUCUAAUGGGAAAGCAGGAGCAAAAGCGGGCAUUGGUGUAUGGUUUAACUACGAUCAUCCUUUGAACGUCUCGACUCCGGUCAAAGGAUCUCCGACUAAUAACACGGCAGAGAUCCAGGCUGCGAGAGUUGCCAUCGAUCAAGCAAAGAAAGCCAUGAUUUCUAAACUCAGUAUUCACACAGAUUCACAGUUCCUGAUAAAAUGUAUCACUUGCUGGAUUUACAAGUGGAAAAAAAACGGUUGGAAGUUGGCCAAUGGAGAAAACGUCAAAAAUAAAGAUGAACUGGUCAAAUUGGACAAUGCUAUUAAAAGUCUUAAUGCUAUCCAGUGGAUUCAUGUUAAGGGGCACAGUGGUAAUGUCGGAAAUGAAAUGGCAGACAAACUAGCUAGAGCAGGAGCAGAACAAUAUCAGUCAAAUUUAACAUUUGGGGUGUAAUCUUAAACCAUAGUUUUAUAAAAACUCAAAAUAGAAAAUGUUUUUAAAUGUAUAUAGGUACAAGCUGAGAAUAAACUAAAUAUUAGCAAAUUGUUUUAGAGAGGCUUUUCUUUCUCCCAUUUUAAAUUAAAUUUUGAAAUUCCAAAAGAACCCAUCAUUAAUCUUGCCCUAAACCAUUUAUAUUGAGUGAAAUAAUAGAUUUUUGACCAACAACAGCUUUUUCAGAAUUCAGUUGUUUUUGACAUUUUUUAUUAAUUAAAAUGUCAAAUAAAAGCUAAAUUAAUAACAAAAUUGAGGGAAAAAUGUAAAACCCCUCUUUAAUAUAAUUGCAACACAUGGCAUAGCUUAAGAACAUGUAUAAUAUUUUGAAAUGGAUAAAUUAAAAUAUUAAUCCUUAUAU